AUGCUUUCCCCAUUUAACACAACAAACCGGGCCACUUUCCAAAACCCAAGACAUGUGCCAGGGUAAGAAAUGUAUUCAGAAAUUUAUUUGACGAGAUCAACUAAGAACAGUUAGGCUUAAUUUUCAACAAUAACAAAAUGCACCCUUGUUUUCAUUUAGCUAUGCAGGCUAUUGUCCCCAAGCCAAGUUCUGGCAUUACGGCGACACAUUCGGUAACACCACAGCGAAGUGUUUCCAGGACAGAAGGACAGCUAAGCUGAACAGUAGUAAGGCGACACAACCAGGAACAUACGGUGAUGGCAGACCUGAAUUUCCAACUGUUUACUCCAACACGCCCAACUUGGUCCUCGCUGCUCGAACGAGAACGAGAGAACGAUGGCGCAAUGCCAAGAAAUACUCUCUGUUUAAUGAACACGAGAGAGGACGAGAAGUCAAGGAAUUUGACCAGGUAUUUACUUCGGAUAACUUGAGCGCAUCUAGAGUGAGCGUCGCGCUUUAGCAGCAAACACAAUAGAAGAGGAGCGCUUCAUCGCGCGUUAACGCUUUACGCGCGCCAAACUGAGUGCACGAUACUUACACCAAUGUGCCUCAAAGUGUGAUGGAUUAUCCAUGCUUUUUGUCAUAAGGCACGUAGGACAACAUCAACAAACCGCGAGGCUUGCUCGCUAAUACGGUUACAGUGCAAAGUUCUUCCAGUGCUGUAAGGCACAUAAGGCCCCUUGAAAGGUCGAGCCUAGUUCAAAUAUAGGUUGACUGAGCCGAUAAGAUCACACCUUUUUUAAUUUGGAACUGUAAAAUCGAAGCAGGAAGAAUACUCGUAAAAUUUAGCGAAAAAAAAAAUACAUGAAAUAUGGCAUUAGCAAAAUUAAGUCGGCGUCUCUAAUAUGAACGAUACGCUGAUCCUUUCAAGUAAAGUGAUUUUACUCUAAGGCCAGGUUCCUGAAGUUACCUGUAAAGCUGACCCUUUCAAGUAAAGUGAUUUUACUCUAAGGCCAGGUUCUUGAAGUUACCUGUAAAUAAGUUCUCCAACUCAAUACAGGUGCCAUAAUCGUGUCUGAUAGUUUGUUUGUUUGUUCUAUUUUCGAUCAAGCUUGCUCAGAGUCAUCGAGAAUAUUACAUGGAUGGAAUUGGUACAGUUCUAAGAGUGGAGCGUUUUGUAAUCCCUCGAAAAGAGCAGCCAGCAAUAACCAGGUAAUAUUAAAUCGUAUGGACCAGUCAGUAUUUUCUGCAAGGGGGGGGGGGCGGGGGAGGUUGGAGAAUUUUUUUAGUGGGGAACUCAUGGUUUCAGGGAGAACGGAGGGGGGAUAAGACACAACCAAAAUCAAAACCCACCUCCCCGCCUCUCCCAGCGAUAAAUCAGGACUGGUUACCACAAAACUUACAUUGGAGAAUUAAAGUUUGUUUGACAAUUUUUUUCCUUUCAUAUUGAAAAGUGCGGACAGCAGUAACUUACUCAGACAAAGAGUUUCAAUUAGAUGUCCAUUAUGUGGAAAGCUUGUAGAAGAGAACGGCUGUAGCUGUACGACCAAUCACGGACUACCUUAUAAAAUGAGCCCUCUUAUAGCUUGCACCUGGAGGGACCGGGGCCUCAGAGAUUUGUACUUCGAGAAGAGAUAA